AGUAAGUAUGGGCGAGGUUACUUCCUGGUUGUAGCCAGUGUGAUACUGGAAUUGAGGGGCCAGGUAAGGGCGGUGGGCUGACGUCAUCAUUGCUGCGGCAACGGCCGGUAAUCAGCACGACCGAACUUCAACAUGUCCCUCAAUGUUUGGAAAUAUAUCCUCAUCAUUCUUACCCUUUUCGGUCUCAUCUUCCUCCUGCUCAACAUCACCACUGAGGAGAACUGGAAGUACCACAUCGUGUCAGCACUUUACAAGGUCCAAAACCGGCUCCAGUCAACAAACCUCUCUGGAACCCUCCGAACCUUUCACAACAAUCACACCUUCUGUUCACAUCUGAGCAAGCCACUGUCACAUGAAGAAGAGCUGGAGGAGCGCAAGCUGUUAAACUCCAUCACCUGGCCCCAACUCCCUUCUGGUUCAGAACCACUCAACCUGUCCCAGACGAGUGACCCGGCACACAGCCUGUUUACAAUCGUCCUCUCCGAAAAAGACCAACGUCGGUACGUGGGCGACCAGCUGGAAGUGCUUGUUCACCUGCGCGACUUCCAGGGCCGACCCAAGCGCUAUGGCGGCGAUUUUCUGCUGGCUCGGUUACAUUCCCCAAAAUACAAGGCAGGUGUGGCUGGGCAGGUGCUGGACCACAAGAAUGGACUUUAUUCGGCUCGAUUUCCGCUGCUGUGGGAGGGAUCGGCUCAAGUUGAGGUCAUGAUGGUGCACUCGAGCGAGGCCGUCGCCGUGCUGCAGCGGCUGAGGGAGAAACUGCCCCCUCCGGUGGUCUUCUUUGACGUCAGUGGCGUGAACAUCAAAGUUCCCAUCCACGCAAACACAACGAACACCAUCACCGUGCUCCAAUCCAGGAAAGAAAACGGCAGCCAAAAAACAGAUCCUGUGAAGCUGGCGACGUCUGGGUACUACUACCAGGACUCGUGGAGGCCACUGGGCGAUGUCGCCAUGCGCAAGUUUGACAAGGCGGCUGCUAUCUCUCAGUGUUUGGCCAAUAAGGUGGUCUACAUGUAUGGCGACUCCACCAUUCGACAGUGGUACGAGUACCUCGUCACUGUGCUUCCAGAGAUGAAGGAAUUCAACCUGCAUACUCCCAAAAAAGCGGGGCCCUUGAUGGCGGUGGACAGCACCCACAACAUUGUGCUUAAUUACCGCUGCCACGGCCCACCCAUCAUGUACACCACCAUCAUGGCCAACGAAUUGCGCUACAUCGCCAACGAGCUUGACGGCCUGACUGGCGGUCCCAACACGGUGGUGGCGCUCAGCAUCUGGGCCCACUUCAGCCCCUUCCCCGGCGAGGUAUACAUACGCCGCCUCCGGCAUAUCCGCAAGGCAGUGGUGCGACUCUUGGAACGGGCGCCGGGGACGGUGGUGGUGGUUCGCACGGGCAACCCACGGGCCCUGGAUCGAGACGUCAGUCUGAACCACAGCGACUGGUUUGCACUGCAACUGGACAUCAUGCUGCGGGCCAUGUUCAAGGGUCUCAAUGUUAUGCUCUUGGACGCCUGGCAAAUGUGUGUGGCGCACCACCAACCUCACGACGUGCACCCUCCGAAGGUCAUUGUUAAAAACAUGGUAAACAUGUUGUUGUCUUAUGUUUGUCGUGAAAGGACCAGGAAGGCUGCGUGACUUUUGUAAAUCAAACCAGGUAGAGAGUAAUAAUGAGUGUUGCAUUUGAAGGAGUCCUUCAGAAAAAAACUUUUAUUUCCAAAAAAAGUAGCAAAUUGUGAGAGUAUAGUUAGGUACAGCAUAUAAAUCACAGUUCAGUAAGCCUACAUAUAUUGCGGUUCAGUUUUCACGGUCCCGCUAUAUUGCAAAUUUGUUUUUUUUGGAAGUGUAAUAUUUUUGCUGUCAAUGCUCUUGCGGUCUCUCAAUAUAUUGUGUCCAUAAAUGUGUUUGUAUUGAUUGAAUUGGAGACCUUUUAAAAAAGUGCCAUAAAUACUAUAAAAAAUAUUUGAAUA